CUAGAGUCUUUAGAAAUCAACGGAGAAAAUAGAUCUGCAGCUGAAGGAAGAUUAGAAACAUUACAAAUCUACAAAGUUCUUCAGUGUGUUCGAGAGCAAGACACGGCACAGAUAGAAAAACUUACCAGGCUUGGUGUUCCAGACCUCAUUAACAUAACUGAACCACAAAAUGGACAAGGCGCUUUGCAUUUAGCAGCAGCAGCAAAUAACGUCAAUCUGUGUAAAUUCCUUCUCAAUUUAGGAGCGCAACCUGACAUUCAGGACCUAAAAGGAUGUACCCCAGCAAUGAAGGCAACAGAACUAGGACAUGACUUAGUCUUGGAUGUUCUUGCCAAGGCUCAAGCUGACAUGACUAUUGUAAACAAGGCAGGGAAAGGAGUUUUAUUUUACUGCAUCUCUCCUAGCAAAAGACAUUUACGCUGUCUUCAGAUAGCCCUGGACCAUGGCGCGGAGGUUAAUAACCGCACGGCAGAAGGAAUACCAGUUCUUCUGGUGGCUUGUGAGCAGGCCCGGGAAUGUAAAGAAAUAUGUCUGAGACUUCUGGAAAAAGGAGCCAAUCCCAACGCUCUAAACCCAGCUACAGGACGCACUGCGUUAAUGGAAGCAUCCAGGGAAGGUGCUCUUGAAGUCGUUCGCAGCAUCCUGGAGAAGGGGGGAGAUGUGAAUUUGUUUGAUAAGCAGCGAUAUCAUGCUGUUCAUUUUGCUGCCAAAGGUGGCUUUUUGGAGAUUCUAAAGGUGCUAUCAGCAUAUAAAGCCGACAUAGGAAUUAUUGCGAUGGAUGGAAACAAUGCCCUCCAUCAUGCUGCUAGCGGAGGCUUUGCUGACUGCUGCAAGUUUCUAGGACAAAGAGGUUGCAGUCCAAACUGGAAAAAUUUUAAAACCUUGACUCCCAAAGCUAUUGCGAAAGAGGGUGGUUUCAAAGCGGCUAUGAAGGAAAUCGGAAAAAUAAUGCGCUAUGUGAAAAAACACUCUAAGCCAGGAGUGCAAAAUCCUAACCCGCCGUGGGCUAUUACUUUGCAUGACUGGUCAUGUGAACAUCAAACAAUUCUUCGAGAAUCCUUUAAGCAGUUUGAUAGAGAAGAUGGAUCCAUUACAAAAGAAGAUUUUGUUACAGUACUCAUGGAGAAGAAGGCCCCUGUUAACCAGGAGCAACUUGAGAGCAUUAUACGUCUUCAUGAGAAAGGAAGAGGAGGAGCGAUUGUCCCAGAAGAAUUUUUGAAGGGUUCCAAGUACCUUCAAAAACAUUUUUUGCUUUCUUCCUAUGGACCAAAAAAGAAAAAAAGCAAGAAAGGAAAAAAAGGAAAGAGCAAUAUUCCUAUGCCAAUAUGUGUGAUGCCAAGCAACUCGUUUCCACGUCGUGAAGAUGGUGGCCCACCAACAUUUAUGAUUAAAACAUUCCACAAUGUUACCGAUAUCAAUCGUUUUGACUGUGACCACCCACCUCAAAAUCCGAUAACCGAUGACACUGGAUGGUAUGUGGACGAUUUAGAAAAAGUUUAUCAUCACAUACAUUGUGCUGUCAAAACUGGAGACGUGGAAUCGCUGAAGAGGGCUUUUGAAGAGGGCGUUCCAGUGGAUGGAAAAGAUAUGUUUUAUAAAACGCCUCUAAUGUCGGCCUGUGCAUAUGGUAGCCUAGAGGUUGUCAAAUUUCUUCUGCAAAAAGGUGCUAAUGUCAAUGCAACUGACAAUUUUUUGUGGACUCCUCUGCACCACGCAUGCCAUGCUGGCCAGGACGAUAUUGCUGAUCUACUGUUGAAAUGUGGUGCCCAGAUAGAUGCGAUCGCCUUCAAUGGAUCAACUCCAUUAAUGAGAGCAGUAGAAAGCUGCAGUUUGAGUUGUGUUCAGCUUUUGAUAAACUCUGGAGCAAAAGUUCAAAUUGCCAAUAAGAAAGGACAAAAUGUUUUAGAUAUUGCCAUGGCAUAUGCUGACUACAGACUGAUUGAUAUGCUAAAAGCCAAACUGGACAGCUUGCCAAAGCCAAAGGAGAAGAAAGGCAGGCAGAAGGGCAGAAUGGAGGGCAAAUCAAAAGCAGUCUCCAAACCUCAGACCCCUGGUGCUGGAAUCCCAGGUGCCACUCAGGUUAUACAAGAGCCUUUGAAAUCCGACGAGGAGCUUUUUCCUGGAAAAGAGAGGAAAAACAAUAUUGCUCAUCUUAACAGCAAGAUAAUUAUGGGAGAAACAAAAAAAGUGGACAUCACAUUUGUGCCUAAAUCGGUUUGGAUUUCAGAGCCAACUACAGCAGAUCAAAUCAGAAAGAGGGAACUGCAACGUGAGCGUUUUACUUACGAAGUGGACUUUGAAGACUUCAAGAUGCCUUUCAGCAAGAACCUAAUGGAAAAGACUCUAAUCUUAGGGAAUACUGAUCGUGUUUAGACUGAACAAAAAAGAGUAAGGGAAGGUAUGCAAACUUGUGAAGAACACAGUAUGACUGCACUGCUUAUGAUGCUGCUUCAUACUGGGUAUGUUUUAAUAAACUUCAACUGCACAUAA